AAGAGCAGCAGUAACUAUAGGCCUCUAAUAGCAUGGAUAUUGAAAGUAAUAACAUUGAGGUUUCCUCAAAGAUGUCUUAUCAAAGCCGUCUCAAAGGAUGGUUGAAAAACAACAUCCUUUUAAUAGCUACGUUGAUUGCUGUUUUCCUUGGAGUAAUGUUAGGCCUGUUGCUGAGAAUAGCACAACCAAGCGACGAUGUCAUCCUUCUGGUUGAGAUGCCGGGGAAUCUGUUUCUUCGUAUACUUAAGAUGCUCGUGCUACCAAUCAUGAUCGCCAGCAUAGUUACAGGCAGUGCGACUCUUAACGGAAAAGCCGAAGGAAAGCUUGCAGGAGUGACAUCGGUCUACUUUAUUUUGACAAGCCUUGUAUCCGCCCUGAUUGGCCUCGUCUUUGUGACCUCAAUACAUCCGGGAACUUCGGCUAUUAGUUCGUCAGUUGAAACCUCUGGUAAAACUAUUGGUUCCAAUGCUAGACUUCUUGAUACAUUUUUAGACUUGUUAAGGAAUGCCUUUCCUGAGAAUCUCGUGGAAGCUUGUGUUCAGCAGGUAUACACAACUUACAAGGAAAACUCAGUUGACGGCUUGAAUACCACUAAGUUAGAAAAAUUUCUGUCUACAAGGCCUGGCACGAACUCUCUUGGUUUAAUUAUAUUCUGCCUUGCCUUUGGAGGGACAUUAGGAGGAUUGGGAAAGAAAGCCCAAAUAAUGAAAGACUUCUUCAGCAGCCUUGAUCAGAUUGUGAUGAAACUGGUCUUAAAAGUAAUGUGGAUAACUCCAAUUGGUGUCCUAAGCCUCAUCUCUGCCAAACUUGUAGCUGUUUCAGAUAUUUACACCCUUUUACAACAAGUAACUCUUUUUGUGGCCACAUUGGUUGGUGGACUAACAACCGAACUUCUGUUAUUUGAGCCGUUAGUGUUCUUUCUAGUCACUAGGGAAAACCCCUACACCUUCUUGCUAAAACUCUUAGAAGCUUUAAUUACAGCCUCGGCAACAUGCUCUAGUGCUGCAGCCAUGCCAUUAACGCUGCGUUGUCUGGAAGACAAAUGUCAUAUUGACCGACGGGUUACGAGAUUUGUUGUACCCAUAGGAGUGACUGUCAACAUGAAUGGUACUGCCCUUUUUGUCACGACUGCUACUUUUUUUAUUGCCCAGAUGAACUCCAUCGAACUAGGUGUUGGAGACUACUUCGCCGUUGUGGUUACAGCCACUGCAGUCAGCAUUGCAGCAACCUCUGUUCCGAGUGCUGCCGUAUUCCUCAUGGUCAUGUGCCUGAAUGCUAUUGGAGCUCCUCUAAAUGACGUCAGUCUUAUUUUUGCAAUGGAGUGGAUAAAUGAUCGAUGUAGGACAGUGAACAACGCCAUGGGGGAUGCCUAUGCUUGUGGCAUUGUGGCACACUUCUGCAAAAGAGAGCUGGGACUCGCUCCUGAAAAUGCCACAGAAGCAGAGAACUACUCAAAUGAAACACCAACAUCUGAGAAUAAUUAUGACAAACGGGCACUUGCCACCCACAACACAAAGGGACCAUCAUAGAAAAAACAAAAAUUAUCACACCCAUUUAUAAUUCCCCAAAGUGGUUCCCAGCAUAAGUUCGGUAGUGCAAUAAUAAUAAAAAAUAAAUAAAAAAACAUUCCCUACAUUUAAUAAAUGUUCUUCACUUGUUCGUUUUAACCUAAUCUAGUUUUUGAAGUGGAAUAUACAGUGUUAUAUAAGAUGAAAAUUGAGCUUUUGUUUCAGUUUGUUAAUAUAAAUUUUUUUGUUAACAUUUUAAGACUUUUUAGAAAUGCUGUAUCAUUGAUUCUGGAUUGUAUCGACUGUUCUCGAAAGGCGAGUUAGAUCAGAAUAGAUAUGUGAAAGUACUUUCAAUAAAUAGAAAUGAUUACUUCUAA